AUGAGCAACGUAAUUGCAUUCAAUAAUCCUGGUCUGGGUAUCUCUUGGACACCGCCUCAACCAUCGCAGUCCCAGCUGCUUUCUCAACAACUACAACAGCAGCACUUAUCGACUCGGCAAUGCAUGGAUGGUGUAUUCCUGGCUUCCACGCCGGCGACUUCUGAUCCAUGUAGCAGUGGGUUUGUGAAUGACAUCGCUCGGGAAGGCGAUGCUGUGGGGGCACCCUCUUCCGAUGACAACACUCCUUUUCAGUCUGUCUCCGGUAUCAGUGCUGAAAGUCGCUCACCCAAAGCCAUUGUUUCUCUGACUUCCACGCUGUACUCUUCUUACCCAAACAGGAUCCGACACAAAUCAGCUGGUGAAAGAAGUUUGGAUAAUGGUACCUCUAAAUCCGAAGUCAAAUCGAUGCAGAAUACGAAUGCCGUCAUCACCUCGAGGAAAUCCUCACAAAAACAAAAAAACUCUCACGCUGUUGGUAAAUCUGAGGGCGUAGACGGUAACAAUGACAGUCAGCAGUCUCAACGUGCCGUCUCUCAAUCAGGCUGUUCUAGCUGUUCAACGUCGUCAGGAUCUGGCGGCGGGUGUGCUUUGUCUAGCGAAUCUCUUCAGUUCAACUCCGGCUCCGCGGGAGGUCGAAGAUUGGCCUCAGCUCCGGAGCAACCACAAUCAUCUACUGCGAAACCUACAAAAAGUUGUUGGAUAGAGAAGGCAGCGACAUUGGUAAGGACUUCAGCCAAAGUCGAGGUGACCAAGUCGGUUAAGCAGUCACCUUUACCCGCCGUCUCACCCUCGAGUGGUGUUGGUGGAAAGCCGGCAGCAUCAAACAGUUCACCGGCGACUCCACUUAAAUGGGCUUCGCAGGUUCGAUGGGUCGCUAUUUUUGGUUUUUUUCCUUGA